CUCUUCGUCUUGUCCUAACAAGAGAGAGAGAGAGAGCUUGUAAUCGGCCAUGGAUUUCUCCGAAGAAUGUGAAAACUUCGUUUACGUUGCCAAGCUCGCUGAACAAGCCGAACGAUUUGAUGAUAUGGUGACUGCUAUGAAAAAACUAGCGGAGCUUGAUGUGGAACUGACCGUAGAAGAACGGAACCUGCUCUCUGUCGGGUACAAAAACGUGAUCGGUGCUCGAAGGGCCUCGUGGAGGAUCUUGUCUUCGAUCGAGCAAAAGGAAGAGAGCAAAGGGAGUGAGCAAAAUGUUAAGAAAAUCAAAGGGUACAGACAGAUAGUGGAAUUGGAGUUGUCCGAUAUCUGUAAAGAUAUUAUGGGCGUGAUCAACGAGCAUCUCAUCCCUUCUUGCUCCGGUGGAGAGUCUACUGUGUUCUACUAUAAAAUGAAAGGGGAUUAUUACAGGUAUAUGGCGGAAUUCAAGACGGAUGAUGAGAGGAAAGAGGCCGCCGAUCAGUCCCUGAAAGCAUAUCAGUCUGCAACAAAUACAUCAGAAGCUGAGUUGCCUCCUACACAUCCAAUCCGGUUGGGUUUGGCCUUGAACUUCUCUGUGUUCUAUUAUGAAAUUAUGAACUCUCCUGAAAGGGCGUGUCACCUUGCUAAGCAAGCUUUUGAUGAAGCUAUAUCGGAGUUGGAUACUUUAAGCGAGGAGUGAUACAAAGAUAGCACAUUGAUUAUGCAGCUUUUAAGGGACAACCUUACUUUAUGGACUUCUGACAUCCCAGAGGACGGAGGAGAGGUUGCAAAGCUUGGUACCGGAGAUGAAUGAAGCUGUGUGUUUAUGUAUUUUAGUUGUUAUGUUACAGUUGCUUGGGAUCUGUAUCUUGAAACCAAGUCGUACGUCUGAAAAAGUUGAAGUUAAACCAGUUUUGAAAAGACAUUCAGCUGCUUUCACCUUUUUCUAGUUUGGAUUGUGCAGUGUCAAUGUCCUUUUUUUCCUCUACCUUCUUCCCUCUUUGAUCAAAUAAGAACCAUUUUCAGAA